UGUAGGUAGCGUUGCUGAGCUCAGCCUAGUCGGCCAUAUUGGAAAGAAUAGCGAAGAGCAGUUUACGUGUCUCGUUUUUCCCGUUAGUUUUGGGGCUUCUAGAAUAUUUAAUUGAAAGAUUGAUCUUGUCUUUUUCUGGAAUCGUCAUCUUUUUUUGCUUUACUGGUUAAUUUGUCGAAAGAAGGUGUUUGACUUGUCCGUUUGUUUCACUGUUCAAACCAGACUAGUAUUGUGUGAUUGUAGCAACUACUUUGAGGAAAUGCAGAGCAAGCAAGUCGACAAACAGGCAUUCAUAUUCUUAAAAGAUGUCAGUUUUUCAGAUCUCAGAGAACUUGUAGAUUACAUGUAUAAAGAAGAAGUAAAUGUUGCUCAGGAACGACUUGCUAGUUUUUUGCAAACAGCUGAAGCCCUUGAUAUCAAAGGAUUGGCAUAUAAAGAAGGUGACCAGUCUAAAUUCAAAUCUGGUCAAAAUGCAAGGACUAAUGCUGCCAAAAGAACACUAAGUGAAUCAACAUCAACUCCGUCAGUUGUAUCGACUCGCAGCAAUUCUCAACGACCCGAAAAUGACAACAUUUCACACACUCCUUCUCAGAUCCAAUCAUCCUCUAGACCAAAACCGCCUCCUCCCAAGAAAGCUCAUGUUGUACCAUCGGAAUCUCCUACACAUCCAGCGAACACAGACUCAGAUGACCACUGUGUUGUAGAUACGAAAAUGGAAUCGGAAUUAGACUCUGACCACAUGGAAGACCAACUAGAUAAUAACGGACCAGAAUGGGCAUCACGAGACUGUGACGACGACUGGAGCACAUCUGACAACGGAAAGAUAUCCAUUGCACCCAACUCGACCCGCGAAAUUACCUUUGGCCCCUCUACAUCAGACAAUCGAAUGGGAGACAAUGUUGCCGGACCCUCAGGAACACAACCCAAGGCUAAAAAUUCAUCUAGCGGCGCAGCAUCUCGAGGUGACGAGGUGGACGGUCAAUCUCGCGUCGGUUGCCCCAAUUGCCAACGGACCUAUAAGUCCAACAAAUUUUUGUACCGUCAUCUGCGACAGGGUUGUGGCGAAAUAGCGUCCGGCUACCGAGAAGACCUUCCGUGUCAUCUGCCCGUCUACCGUUGCCACGUUUGUCCUUACUUCACGUUCAUUAAAGGAUUCUUGCACUUUGACACUGUCAGACUGCGCACUAGACCGUUGAGACCUCGAGUCGGGAUUGUGAUGACGGGAAGGACAAUCGAGUCAUUUGCCGGGUCUGCCAUCGGACUUAUAAGUCGUGGACAAAUUUGUUGCAACAUUAGCGCCGGGACAACACGGGCUGCGCACAACCCAACCUCAUCUCGCUCAUCCAAGAAAAUCGCAGAGUCUCGUAUAGGGACUUUGCGCGAACCCUGGCCAUCGAGGCCGACCCUGAAGCUCACCAACCCCUGAUCAAAUGCCCCAAUUGCCAUUUCAGUUACAAGUUUAAGAAGGAUCUGUACCGCCACUUGCGCAUGGGCUGCGACGCCAUGACGACGGCGACGACCGUCGGCUCCCGCGACGGCCAGCUGUGCGACUUGCCCGUCUUCCGUUGCAAUUUUUGCCCUUACGUCACUUUCGUCAAGUCGUCCGUGAGCAGACACGUUCAAAGCGCCCACAGCAAUCGAUCCCACAAUGCAACUCUUUAAAGAAAUCCGCGUUUUUUGUUUUUGUUUUCUAUUUGAUGUCCACUUUCACAGAGAGGCCGAUCCUAAUUGAUUUGAUUCCUUGUUUGUCUUUUUGUUGCCCCGAUUGCCGCCGACAGGUGCCCAAGUGGACGAGCAAACUCGAGUUGUUUGCCCCAAUUGCCAUCGGACUUAUAAGUACCGAAAACUAUUGUAUCGCCACCUGCGACAAGGAUGCGGAGAAAUAGUUUCCGGUUACAGCCAAGACCAGCCGUGCCCUC